AUGAAACGUAAUUUAUCCAAAAAAAAAUUGUUUGACUCAGGGAAAGAACAAAGUGGGAACGCUACUGAUAAUGAGGAAGAACAUUAUUCUCAGUCCAUUGAAACGGCGGCUGAAUUUUUAGCACAUGAAACUACUACCGCCGGGGAUGGUGAUGAAGAUGAGGAUGAUUUCAAAGAUGCGGAUAAAGAAUACACUAGUAACCCUUAUGGAGAUAACAUUAGUAUGUCAACAACUUUUAACAAUACCGACGCUCACUUCAAUAAGGGUAAGAAAUAUACGGCAAAAACAAAACAAACAGUAGGUAUUACUGCAAAUUUUAAUCAAGAUUUGCUUUCUUCAACUUUUUCCGCCAUGCCCACACACAAUCCCAACCUCAAUUUAUUUAGUGGGUUUAAAACACCCAAGAUUGGCUCAUCAAGAUGGGGGAAUACAAAAAAGUUUUCUUAUUUACCAAAAACAACGUCAAUUGACGAAAAAGAAAGGUAUACAGAGUACAAUAGAAAUGCUUCUGAAAAAUAUAAUGAAGAUGAAGAACCAAAAUUCUUUAAUUCUAAAAGCAAAACUAGUAAGGAUUCUUUUGGUGAAAGUAAAUUUGGCGAAUCUGCUUUUUACAAUAUGUUUGAAAAUUAUUAUGAUCCUUAUCCUUCAUGGCAACUUAAUGCACCGAUAAAUAGGAAAGAGAUUGAAAAAAUAUUUGAUGAAUUGGGGGAUGUUUUCAAGUUUCAAAAGGAUAAUUUAGCAAACAUGUUUGAUUACUUAUUGAGAAUGUUAGAUUCCAGAGGGAGUAGAAUGUCCUCCUUAGAAGCCUUAAAAUCUCUACAUAGAGAUUAUGUUGGUGGCAAGCAAGCAAAUUUUAGAAAAUGGUAUUUUGCCUCUCAGAUGGACCUUGAAGAUUUGGUUGGUUUUAAAAAUUUGAAAAAAAACGGGCAUUAUAAAAAAGUGUUCAAAAACCAGCAGCAAAACUAUCUGAAUAACAAUAUGUACCAAAAUAAUUUUGAUUUAACUUUUGCUGAAGAGAAAUGGGACUCAAAUAUUUUAAAUUUGAAAUGCUACGAUUAUGUUGUUCAAGUUGCCCUUUAUUUAUUAUGCUGGGGUGAAGCAGCAAAUGUUAGGUUUAUACCAGAAUGCCUAUGUUUCAUCUAUAAAUGCGCUUUGGAUUAUUUUUAUUUUUUGAAAAAAGAUUUGGAAUCCGAAACAAACAGCGACACACUAGGAAAAUCGCCAACAAAGCAUAUUGAGAUCAAGGAUUUUUUAACUCACGCCAUAUGUCCCAUUUAUGAAUUCUAUCUUACUGCAAACUAUGAAUCUAUAAAAAAUAACACCUAUAUUGCAAAAGAAAAUUCUCACUCGAAAACCAUAGGGUAUGAUGAUAUUAAUCAAUUUUUCUGGUACAGAAAAAACUUGGAAAAAAUUUGCUUAUCAGUCACUUUGAAUAAUGAAAAGUGUUAUCUUUUUGAUUACGAACCACACAUAAGAUUCCUACAUCUCAAUAGGGUUAAUUGGAACAAGUGUUUUUACAAAACAUAUAAAGAAAAAAGAACCUGGCUACAUGUUGUCACCAAUUUUAAUAGAAUAUGGAUCAUACAUUUAUGCGUCUUUUGGUAUUAUACAGCAUACAAUUCCAAACCAUUUUACACACAUAACUAUAGACAACAGAAAAAUACUCAACCCACAACCCAAGCCACAUAUUCAAUUAUGGCUUUGGCUGGUUCCUUGGCUUCUUUGAUUAAUAUACUUUCUGUUUUAGGCGAAUUUUCUUUUGUUCCAAGAAAAUUUCCAGGUGCAGUAUCGAUUACAAAAAAAAUAAUUUUACUAGUAUGCAUCUUCUUGAUAAAUACAAUUCCGUCUGUCUAUAUUUUUGGUAUGCUCCCUUUAAAUUAUCAAUCGACAUUUACACUAGGAUUAUCACUUGUUCAAUUUAUUAUCUCGAUUAUCACUGUUGUUUAUUUUUCUAUAGUCCCUUUAAAUAAGUUAUUUGGGUUCAGUUAUAGAAAUGAAAAGGUUAGAAGACAAUAUUUAGCCAAUUUAUAUUUUAUGAGUUCUGUGGUCAAUUUGAAAGAUAAGGCCUUGUUGGCCUCCAUUGACACCUAUUUAUGGUAUAUUAUUUGUAGUGCUACAUUUUCUGUUUUCCGGUCGUUUUAUAUUGGAGUAUCUAUUUGGACACCAUGGAAAAACAUAUUUUCUAGACUUCCAAAGCGUAUUUAUUCCAAAAUUUUAUAUCCUGAAAACAUUGAUCCACAAAAGGCGCAAUUUCUAGUAUCCCAAGUGUGGAAUUGUAUAAUAAUCUCAAUGUAUAGGGAACAUUUAAUUUCAAUUGAACAUGUCAAAAAAUUAAUAUAUUCUAGUGGUGAUAGUGUUGAUGCCAAUAGUGUACACAAAACUACUUUAAAGGAGCCAAGUUUUUUCAUUUCUCAAGACGAUAGAAUUCUAGAAACUUCUUUGUUCAAAACAGAGCCCGAAGCCCAAAGAAGAAUCACUUUUUUCGCACAGUCCUUAUCAACACCAAUGCCAGAUUCAUGUGCUGUAAAUCAAAUGCCGACAUUUACAGUUUUAAUCCCUCAUUAUAAUGAAAAUAUAACUUUAACUUUACGAAAAAUCAUUAAAGAAGAAGAUAAUGGAUUUUCUCAACUCACCUUGUUAGAAUAUUUAAAAGGUUUGCAUCCAACGGAAUGGAAAUAUUUUAUUGAAGACACUAAAAAGUUAGUAGAAGAAACUGAGGCUUCCAUUUCAUCAUCAACAUCAACAUCAACAUCAUUAUCAUUAUCAUCAUCACCAUCAUCAAUUAUGUCAGGUACUACUUUCUUAAAAAAAAAUGAUGACUCUAUCUUGCCUUACUUCUAUAUUGGUUUUAAGACGGCGACACCAGAAUAUAUAUUGAGAACAAGAAUUUGGGCCUCUUUAAGAACUCAAACCUUGUACAGAACUAUUUCUGGUUUUAUGAAUUAUUCGAGGGCUAUAAAAUUGCUAUAUGAUAUAGAAAGACAAAAUAAUGGUCCAGAACAGCCCAUCAGGACUUUCGAGCAGCAAAAAAGGCUCGAAGAACCAUCAAUUGUGGCGUUGCGAAAGUUUAGACUAUUAGUGGCAAUGCAAAGAUUAAAGAACUUUGAUCAAGAGGAGCUUGAAAGCACCGAAUUCUUAUUAAGAGCAUAUCCAGAGAUUCAAAUAUCUUAUAUUGAUGAAGUUUUAAACCCGGUGACUGGUGUAUUGGAAUACUUUUCUUGUUUGAUGGAUGGAAGUUGCGAAGUUUCUGCAAAUAAUGAAAGGUUACCCAAAUAUAGAAUUAAGUUGCCAGGAAACCCAAUUCUAGGUGAUGGAAAAGCAGACAAUCAAAACCACGCAAUUAUAUUUGCUAGAGGUGAAUAUAUUCAAUUAGUUGAUGCUAAUCAAGACAAUUAUUUAGAAGAAUGUUUAAAAAUCAGAAACAUUAUGGCUGAAUUUGAAGAAAUGACAGAAAUAGAUUAUACUGAUAAUUUAGCCUUAGGGUCGGAGCCUGAAAACAAAGUGCCAGUGGCCAUUGUCGGAACAAGAGAAUAUAUAUUUUCUGAAAAUAUUGGAAUUUUGGGUGAUGUUGCUGCUGGAAAAGAGCAAACUUUUGGCACCUUAUCAGCCAGGACCCUAGCUCAUAUAGGUGGGAAACUUCAUUACGGGCAUCCUGAUUUUUUAAACACAAUAUUUGUCACUACAAGAGGAGGCGUUUCCAAGGGGCAAAAGGGGCUACAUUUGAAUGAGGAUAUAUAUGCUGGAAUGAAUGCAAUCUUAAGGGGUGGGCGUAUCAAGCAUUGUGAAUAUAUGCAAUGCGGCAAGGGUAGAGAUUUAGGAUUUGGUUCUAUUUUAAAUUUCACAACAAAGAUAGGUUCAGGCAUGGGUGAACAAAUGUUAUCAAGAGAGUAUUUUUAUUUGGGCACCAAUUUGCCGUUGGAUAGAUUUUUAAGUUUUUAUUACGCGCAUCCAGGAUUUCAUUUAAACAAUGUCUUUAUUAUUUCUUCCAUUAGAUUAUUUAUUGCCGUGGCCCUAAAUUUGGCUAUAUUGAUUAGCAAUUCUGUUUUGUGCUAUUAUGACGAACACAAGCCUAUUACAGAGAUUAGAAAACCAGCUGGAUGUGUUAACUUAAUCCCAAUUUUGAGUUGGCUAAGAAGAUCAAUUUUGAUGAGCUUUUAUUUUGCCAUUAUCUUGGCAUUAUUGUUACUAAUCACAUCAUUGGCUGCUUGGGACUUUACUCUAUUAUAUUUUUGGUUUACUCUAUCUGCUUUACUUUUUUCACCGUUCGUGUUCAACCCUAAUCAAUUUUUGUGGUGUGAGUUUUUCAUUGAUUAUAAACAUUAUUUAACGUGGCUAUUCAGUGGCAAUAGCUCCAAAUCUAAGUCACCUGAAACUUGGAUUCAAUAUAUAAGAGAUUUAAGAAUGGAUAUAACCGGUUCAAAGAAGAAAAGCAACUAUUUAGAAUUGACGAGUUUAUCAAAAAAUCAUUACAAGAGGCCUAACUUAACCAACAAAAUAUUCUGCCAUAUCUUUCCGCAUUUUAUCAACUUGCAUGAAAAGAUAUCCAAGUUUUAUUUCGUGCAUUAUCCAUAUUUUUUCUUUACUUAA